AUGGCUUCACAAAUGUAUUCACGAUAUGUUCCUCCGUCCAGGAAGAGUGUUCCGGCAGUACGAGAAGUCUCUGCACCAAUUCUGGACCGGCCAGAUCCUGAACCUUCUCAUCCAGCCCCGCCAAAAACUCGACAGGAUGCUUCCUCUACGUACGCGCGAUAUGUUCCUCCCUCAAAAAACAAAUCAAAGCCGACAUCUACUCCUGCAAAAUCUCCUACAAACAGCUCUUCGCCAUCUGUUGCAAAGCGGAAACGGGAAAACGAGACUGAACUGUUGGAAGUGUUAAAUCCAGUCAAGAAGGAGAAGAAGGAGACGAAGGCUGUGACUGUCAAUGGCACGCAGAGUACGGCACAUGUUGAUGAUGGGCAGACUGAACAAAUGGAGCAGAAGGUUGGGAGGUCAAGCUUAGAGACGGAUAAGCUUGUGGCAGAUGGGAUUAGAUCCAAGGAGAAGAACGUAGCGAUGAAAAAAGACUCAAAGGAGAAGAAAGUCUCGAAGUCUUCUGCGGAGACCAAAAAACCAACAGAAUAUGAGGCAUUAGAACAGACCGCUAGCGGAUAUGCUGCGCCGAAACAGUCUAAACAGAAAAAGAAGAAGCGUCGGGAUGAAGAAGAACAAUCUGCAAAUGGCGUUGACGGGAAUGCUGAGGACUUGCGGCACAAUAAACUGAUGGAGAAGCGGCAAAAAUCUUUAAGGAAGGCAGAGAAGCUUGCAAAGUCCCAGGAACUCCCUGACGAAGAAGAUAUACUCAUGCCAGAUGUCCCAAUUCAAGUCCACGACCUUGGCCCUCUUCCUCAACCUGAGCCUGUUCCGGAGCUGCCAUCUCUUCCAAUAUCAGCCUCGCUUCCCAAAUGGCUUGCAUCUCCUAUAAGAGUCUCGCCUACUGCUACCGCUAAGUUUGAGGAAAUUGGGAUUCCAGAGGAUGUUACCAAAGUUCUUCAUCAGAAAGGCUAUAUCCAGGCUUUUGCUGUGCAAGCGGCAGUCCUGCCACUACUUCUACCCGGGGAAAACGUUGACCCUGGAGAUGUCCUUGUUUCAGCAGCUACUGGUUCUGGUAAAACGUUGUCAUAUGUGUUACCCAUGGUUGAGGACCUUAGUCGGUACUCGACACGGGGCCUACGAGGUCUCAUUGUGAUGCCAACAAGAGAGCUUGUCACACAAGCUCACCAGGUUUCGGAAAUAUGCGCUUCGGCAUUUGCUCGAGGAGAUGGAUAUACCCAUCGAGUUAAGAUUGGAACAGCCGUAGGGAAUGAGACAAUAGAGGUCGAGCGGCGAAACAUCAUGGGUGAUCACUUGGUCUAUGAUACCGAGCGAUAUGAUGCGGAGAUGAAGGAAGCAAAUAUUCCGUGGAAGUCGAUUGAAGUCGAAUCAAGGGUCUUCGGCCGAGAACAGUCUCGGUCGAAAAUUCGAGGUGAUGUUGUCAAGUCCUGGCCCCAGGUCGACAUUCUCAUUUGCACUCCUGGAAGACUGGUGGACCACCUCAAAUCCACUCCCGGAUUCUCGAUCUCGCAUUUACAAUGGCUCGUGGUCGAUGAAGCAGACAAGCUGCUGGAUCAGAGCUUUCAGCAGUGGCUACCUACAGUCAUGGCUGGAAUUAGACAAAAGCAAGCUGUCAGGAAAGUCAUUCUCAGCGCUACAAUGACUAGGGAUGUGGGCAAGCUGAACCAAUUGAAGCUCAUUCGGCCAAAACUGGUCGUUUUGGAUGGUACAGGCCAUGAUGAGAAUGAGACGAGCGGUACUGGUCACGUUCUUCCGUCAUUGUUGAUGGAGUCUAGUGUCAAGGUUGACGAUGAAACUGUCAAACCGUUGUACCUCAUGGAACUCAUGAAACGCGAGAAGGUUAUUUCUCCAACAGAAGCCUCUUCAGAUGAGGAUCACUCCUCCUCGGAAUCAGACUCAGAUUCGGACUCCUCAGACUCAGACUCGUCUAAUUCCGAUGAAGAAGGCUCAUCAGAUGCAAGCCCGGCCGUUCCCAGCAGAGAGAUCUCGGAUAAGGUCGCUACGGACUCGCCUCACGGUGUCUUGAUAUUCACCAAGUCUAAUGAAUCCGCUGUCAGAUUGGGCCGCUUAUUGGCUCUUAUCUCACCAUCAUUGUCCUCGUCUAUCCGAACCCUGACCGCAACAACACCACGAGCUUCCCGGGAACGUACCAUCACAUCCUUUACCUCUGGCAAGAUCUCUAUAAUUGUGGCCAGUGACCUCGCCUCUCGUGGUCUAGAUCUUCCAAACCUAGCACAUGUGAUAAAUUACGAUGUUCCCAGUAGCAUCGAAAGUUAUGUUCACCGGAUUGGACGAACCGCAAGAGCUGGCAAGAAAGGAAAUGCAUGGACUCUAUUCACAGCUACUGAAGGAAGAUGGUUCUGGAACGAGAUUGGGAGGUCUGAGAGCAUUGAACGAGCAAAUGGCUCAAAGAUAGGUAGGCUGACUAUCAAAGAGGAUGCCUUUGCUUCACUGCGGCCAAGGUAUGAGGAAGCAUUGGAGACUCUAGGAAAGGAAGCUUCGAGCUCGAAAGCUGCAAAGACAUAG